AUUUACUUUUUUCAUCGAACCAUAUGUUUGAACCUUCAAUCUACAACACAAUGAUAAAUAAUUCAGACGUUACUUAAUCAGUGGUUAUCGUUAACUAUAUACUUUGUUGCAUACUUCGAUGUCAUUAAACGAUCGAAAUCAUACAAGAUGACAGUAAAAACUUACGACACGUUUGGUGACAAUGCUGAAAAUGACGAGAAAAACUGCUCUGGCUCUUGUGAGAAAAAAGCCAUCUUCGCCUUGUUAAUUUGCGCUAUAAUAGCUCUAGGCUUUGUAUUAGUGGAAUACUACGAGGCCUCAUCAUCUUUACCCAGAGUAUGGCGAAAUCAAAGCUGGGAUUAUUUACUGUUCACCCAACAAUGGCCAAUUUCAUAUUGUACCGAAUACACAGAAGAGAAAAAAGAACCUGUAACUGAAUGCAAUUUCGCCGAUGAUAGAUAUGCUUGGACGAUACAUGGAAUAUGGCCAAGCCGAAGUAAUAGCGCAGAUUAUCCGCAGUUUUGUGGCAGAAUACCCUUUAAUGCUAGCGCCUUAGCUCCGAUCGAAGAUGAAUUAGAAGAGCAUUGGCAGACGAUUCAGAAAGAUGCCAAAGUGACUUAUCUCUGGAAACACGAAUGGCUAAAACAUGGCACUUGUGCUGCUCAAAUCGAAGCACUGAAUUCGGAAAUUAAAUAUUUUAGCCAAGGGUUAGCCUGGAAUAAACAGUAUAAUGUCACCGAUGCUUUUACUAAAUGCGGAAUAUAUCCGGAUGAUGGUAAAUUGUACACUAGUGAGCAAAUUAUACAAUGCGUUCAGCAGAAUUUCAACGUCGAGCCUCAAAUUUUCUGCCAGCUCGAUACUGUUCGUAAUGAGCUACUCCUCACUGAAGUUCGCUUCUGCUUUGAUAAGGAAUUAAAUUUAAAAGGUUGCGAUACUUUCGGAGCAACGUUACAUUGUAACGGAGAGUUCAUUUAUCCCGGUGAAAAUAUUUACGAAAGUGUUCGUAGAAGAUGGAUGUUUCUUUUGGGAAUAUUUUGUGUAUUCGUUUGCCUAGCUUUGGUCAUAUGGGUGAUACAGUGCAACUACAGCAAUUCGUCCACAUCCAGAAAUCAACCAACAUCGAAUAAAACCUUCGAUUUAUUGCUGCUCUCUUUGUCCUGGCCAAUUUCAUUUUGCAGAUCACUCGCUGAAAAACGUGCAGGUGGUACUGAGACGUGUGUUUUACCAAAAAAUGGAAAUAAUUGGUUAAUACAUGGACUUUGGCCAAAUAAAAUGGGGUACUGCUCUCCAUCUUCGUUUAAUGAAACCGAACUGAAACCGAUACGAGCUGAGUUAGAGGAAUAUUGGCUAACAAUGCUCGAAAACAGCACCAAUGCAGAUUUCUGGAAACACGAAUGGUUGAAACAUGGUACUUGUGCCUUACAAUGUGAGGUAAUCAACACGCAGCUGAAAUAUUUUCGACGCAGUUUAGAACUGUAUAAACAAUACAAUGUUACUAAAGCAUUGGCCGAGUGCGGUAUACAUCCAAACGACUGGAAAUUAUAUAAAAAUAAUGAAUUUGUGGAUUGUUUUAAGAAACAUUUCAAUAUUCAUCCUCAACUAUCUUGCAAAAGGAUGCGGAAUGAGGAGACGUUACAAGAAAUAAGACUCUGUUUCGAUGAGAAUUUGAUCUUACGAGAUUGUGAUAAAUAUGCCCAAGAGUAUUGCUUGGAAAAUUUCUUAUAUCCAUCCAUCAUUGAACCCAAAGUUUAAAGUGUAUCUACCUAUUUGGUUACGUAUUCAGUAUUAGGAUGGUAUUAUAGCAUUUCAACUUUUAUGUUACCUAUCUAAAGUGAUAAGUUUUACGUAUGUAAGGUUUAACCCUAGUUGUGUUGUGUUUAAUCUAGUCAAAUUUAAAACAAUUCGAGUAUUGAAAAAAAUAUAGAAAUCAUUUCUCUGUUUCAACUUUUUCUAGCCUUGACGGAUUAUUAUUUUUAAAAUCUAGGUGUAGGUACCUAUUUUAUGAUUAGUUAAGUUUUUUUUACGCUGACUGUACAUGUAUAUUUUAUGCUUAUUCGUAUUUUGAAUAUAAAUAUUGUAAAUUGUA